CUACUCUUAUUUCUUAGCAAUUUGACUUUAGCUCCAAUUAGAUCCAAAACCAAUACUCUGUAUUUGCAACUCUUUUGAGGGGAUACUACUUAGUCUGAACUACCUUAAAAGCCUAGUCAACUGAUGAUGUUCUCCUCCGGUGGCAACGACGGGGCCGGACCCAGCUCAUCUUCUUCUGCCCCAGAAAUCUCCGGGAACAACAAGAAGAACAAAGGGAUCGCUACAGCUCCAAACAGAACCUCACUCCUAUCAUUGAAUGACCUCAUGACCUUCCGACCGCUUAUUUCACCAUCAAAAUCAAACUCCCAAAACGGCGUCUGCUCUGAUGACGACGAUGAUAACAGCCGCCCACCAGCUGUUCGACGUUAUGCCUCCACGUCUUCUGCGGCUUUCAUAAGCAAUCAUGAAGAUCUCUUACUUCAGAUUUUACUACCUUUACCCCCAAAGUCUCUUAUUCGCUUCCAAUGUGUCUCCAGACAAUGGUUUUCUCUCAUUUCCAGCUCCCAUUUCUGUCGUCUUCAUUCGGGGAUGUAUCGAGUAUUUUCUCCGGAGGUCGGUCUGUUCUUGUUCCGAAGAAUAUAUGGGACUUCAGAGUUCAAAGCUCUCUCUCUUCUUCAGCAUGACAGCUCACAUUCAAUAGGUAUUCUCGCGUCCCGUUUUGCUCAUUUUCUUAAUGCAGAUGGGCAAGUUCUCGGUUUACAUUGUUGUAAUGGGUUGAUGUGGGUUGAUUUUUACUGGAAUUAUGAAGUAAGGAGGUAUUAUGUGUAUAACCCGACUACCAAUCAGUAUAGGCAAAUUCCCAUACCCGAGAUUGAUAGAUAUUCAAGAAGGAUUGAAGCUGUAAAUAUUGUUUUUGAUCCUUUGACAUACGACCAGUACAAACUUGUUUGUGUAUUUGCAAAACAAAUAGCUGGGGAGGAAGGGUGGGAUGAAUUUAUCUUCUGGCAGUAUUCAUCUGAAACUCAGGCUUGGAAGGAUUGUGGUGGUAUUGAUACUUGGGAUGAAUCGAAUUACAGCUACUAUUUCGAGGAGGGAGUGUUUUGGGAUGGUAAUUGGGAUGAAUCGAAUGACAGUUACUAUUUCGAGAAGGGAGUGUUUUGGGAUGGUAAUCUUUAUUGGGUAAAUUCUGCCAGGUCUUUACUUUGUUUUGAUUUGGAGCUGGAAUGUGUUAGAAGCUUGAAUGUUAUGAAUACUUAUCCACCAUCACCUGAUGGGGUUGUUUUCUACUUCGGCAAUUCUGGGGGAAGUUUGUAUCUCAUUGAUCUCUAUAAGCCAAGAGAUGAUUUUCUUAAUGUAUUUGAAUUGGAAGUGGAUAUGGGUUUGGGGAGAUACCAUUCAAGAUGGUUGCUCAAGUAUCGUGUUGAUCUUGGUCUUUUGACAGCACGGUAUCCAUUAAUGUCUGAUGAGAAGUUUCUUAAUUAUCGGGAAAAGGAAUUUCCCUUUGGUGUACUAUGUUUUCAGGUGGAUAAGAAAACAAAUAAGGCAAAGCUUAUAAUUUCUUUACCAGAACUACCUUAAAAGCACAACCCUUAAUCAACUGAUUAUGCUGUCCGCCGGUGGCAACGACGGGGCCGGACCCAGCUCAUCUUCUUCUGCCCCAGAAAUCUCCGGGAACAACAAGAAGAACAAAGGGAUCGCUACAGCUCGAAACAGAACGUCACUCCUAUCAUUGAAUGACCUCGUGACCUUCCGACCGCUUAUUUCACCGUCAAAAUCAAACUCCCAAAACGGCGUCUGCUCUGAUGACGACGAUGAUAACAGCCGCCCGCCAGCUGUUCGACGUUAUGCCUCCACGUCGUCUGGGGCUUGCAUAAGCAAUCAUGAAGAUCUCUUACUUCAGAUUUUACUCCCUUUACCCCCAAAGUCUCUUGUUCGCUUCCAAUGUGUCUCCAGACAAUGGUUUUCUCUCAUUUCUAGCUCCCAUUUCUGUCGUCUUCAUUCGGGGAUGUAUCAAGUAUUUUCUCCGGAAGUCGGUCUGUUCUUGUACCGAAGAAUAUAUGGGACUUCAGAGUUCAAAGCUAUCUCUCUUCUUCAAGAUGACAGCUCACAUUCAAUAGGUAUUCUCGCGUCCCGUUUUGCUCAUUUUCUUAAUGCAGAUGGCCAAGUUCUCGGUUUACAUUGUUGUAAUGGGUUGAUGUGGGUUGAUUUUUACUGGAAUUAUGAAGUAAGGAGGUAUUAUGUGUAUAACCCGACUACCAAUCAGUAUAGGCAAAUUCCCAUACCCGAGAUUGAUAGAUAUUCAAGAAGGAUUGAAGCUGUAAAUAUUGUUUUCGAUCCUUUGACAUACGACCAGUACAAACUUGUUUGUGUGUUUGCGAAAUUGAUAGCUGGGGAGGAUGCGUGGGGAGAAUUUAUCUUCUGGCAGUAUUCAUCUGAAACUCAGGCUUGGAAGGAUUGUGGUGGUAUUGAUAUUUGGGAUGAAUCGAAUUACAGUUACUAUUUCAAGAAGGGAGUGUUUUGGGAUGGAAAUCUUUAUUGGGUAAAUUCUGCCAGGCGUUUGCUUUGUUUUGAUUUGGAUCUCGAAUGUGUUAGAAGCUUGAAUGUUAUGAAUACUUAUCCAGCAUCACCUGAUGGGGUUGUUUUCUACUUCGGUAAUUCUGGGGGAAGUUUGCAUCUCAUUGAUCUCUAUAAGCCAAGAGAUGAUUUUCUUAAUGUAUUUGAAUUGGAAGUGGAUAUGGGGUUGGGGAGAUAUCAUUCAAGAUGGUUGCUCAAGUAUCGUGUUGAUCUUGGUCUUUUGACUGCACGGUAUCCAUUAAUGUCCAAUGAGCAGUUUGUUAAUUAUCGGGAAAAGGAAUUUCCCUUUGGUAUACUAUGUUUUCGGGUGGAUAAGAAAGCAAAUAAGCCAAAGCUUAUAAUUUCUUUACCAGGUAAAAUUAUUUCCUAUGAGAUUAGUGACAUGAUUUUUGAAGACCUUGUUGAAAUAGAGCCUGCAUAUGUUAAAUUUGUGAGGUAUAAUAUGUCAAUAUACACAUGGAAGGAUGCCUUCAAUCAUUUUGAGAUCCUUUCUUGUGUCUGAUAACUGCUAUCUAUUGUUAUUUUUCAUUUUGAGACCCUUUCUCGUGUUUGAUAA